AUGCUAGUGUCGGUGCUAUUGAUGAUUGCACUAGCCAGUGCCGAACCAUCGGUGUAUUUUCGAGAGCAGUUUGAAGAUGGGGGCAAGUUCCAUUUAGUGCAGGCUGCAGCUAUUGCCAACUAGCCUAACAGCUAGCUGACCUUAGCUCACUGACAUUAAGAUGCUAGCUGGAAAAUCUAUCUAACCAUGAUGAAACAGAGUAAUGGCUAGCUAUGUAGUUCGCUAGCUAUGCUUUGUGAGACGCGAUAAUGCAUGCGUAGUUGUUUGCCAUUUAGCCACACUGACUGCAAAAAUGGCCGGCUAGCUAUCAAGCGAAUCAAAUUGAUAGCUAACGGAUCAAGCUAAUCCUAAUUCAUGUAUAAAACGUUCGCUAAAUUGGUUUUAUUCAACCAUGCCAAUAUUUGCUUCUAACAAUGUAUUUUUUCUGUCAGAUGCUUGGAAUACCCGUUGGGUUGAAUCCAGCCAUAGGUCGGACUAUGGGAAAUUUGUCCUGACAGCUGGGAAAUUCUAUGGAGAUGCAGAGAAAGACAAAGGUAGAUGUCAUGGACCUGAGACUUCAUGCACUAGAGUAAAGAACCUUGAAUGUAUAUUAUCUUACCUGCUAAUGAGGACUAUUUUAUCCCUCUGAUGAAAUAUUAUCUGGUUUUGUGACCCCUGUCCAUGUGAUGAAAUAUCUGGUUUUGUUACCCCAGCAUUGUUUUGAGAAUUUCAGAUUGUCAGUCUUACACAUUUCUGCUCUCUAUGUGGAGCAGGAGCCAACUUUGAAGUUGAAGUAGUCCAAAACAUAUCUUAUUCCUCCCAGGUCUCCAGACCAGCCAGGAUGCCCACUUCUACUCUUCUUCUGCUCGCUUUGAGCCCUUCAGCAACCAGGGAAAGACCCUGGUGAUCCAGUUCACUGUCAAGCACGAACAGAACAUGGACUGUGGGGGAGGCUACAUCAAGCUAUUCCCCGCUGACCUUGACCAGGCAGACAUGCAUGGAGACUCUAACUACAACAUCAUGUUCGGUAAAGUACACCAUGAACAAUGAGAUUUGAUUGAGAACCAGUUCCUCCGUUGUUACACAUUCAACAUUUAGAGAAAUUGUUCAGGUUGUACAUUUAUUUUGUAUUGCUAAUCAUAGUGAUUUUUUUCUCCCAUCUCCAGGUCCAGACAUCUGUGGCCCAGCCACAAAGAAAGUUCAUGUCAUUAUCAACUACAAGGGCAAGAAUCACCUAAUCAGAAAGGACAUCAGAUGCAAGGUACAGUAAGCCUAUAUCACAAAUCAGGCUUUUUCAAUAUUUUACUUCCUCAUUGGGAGGAAUCAAAAUCAAUCUUCUUUGUUUUUCAGGAUGAUGAGUACACUCAUCUGUACACUCUGAUCCUGAACCCUGACGACACGUAUGAGGUGAAGAUUGACAACAAGAAGGUGGAGUCUGGAAGUCUGGAGGAGGACUGGGACAUUCUGCCCCCUAAAAAGGUCAAGGACCCUGAGGCUGUGAAACCAGACGACUGGGAUGAGAGAGAGAGGGUAGAGGACCCAGACGAUAAGAAACCAGAGGUGGGUAGAUGGACACCUAGCCCGCCUGGACCCAUGGCUGUUCUGCAUUCAACAAUGCUACGCUAGCUAGCCACAUUAUUGUGUUGGCAGGACAAUGGCAGAAGCAGACCAGGCAUCUAGCCAGCUACUCUGAUGCAAAAGCAAUCCAUCUUGUCAAUCUUUUAUGAGUAAUAUGUCUUUCAUGAAUUUAGUUUUAUUAAUGAUUAGUUAAUGAUUCUGUUAUUUGUCAGGACUGGGAUAGGCCAGAGAACAUUGCUGACCCUGACGCUAAGAAGCCUGAGGACUGGGAUGAUGAGAUGGAUGGUGAAUGGGAGCCACCCAUGGUCUCCAACCCUGACUAUAAGGCAAGCAGUCAGACACAGUAGCAUUCCCUAUGGUUUGGAUUACUGCUUCAAUUAUAUGAACAGCUGUUUGAUUGAUUUGUUUGCCCUCUCAGGGUGAAUGGAAACCCAGCAAGAUCGAUAACCCUGACUACAAGGGCAAAUGGGUGCAUCCUGAGAUUGACAAUCCAGACUACAGUGCAGACUCUGAGAUCUACAGAUUUGACAGCAUAGGAGUCAUUGGCCUGGACCUGUGGCAGGUACUGUGGAGGCCUUUAUUCAGUCUUUUAAUACUUUAGUUAUUGAUCAUUAAUAAUAAAGAGUGGAAUCGUAUUAAAAAGGAUUCAGUUUGGGAUCAUUAUUUUAAAAGCCUCUAUAUUUUAAUUUAAUCGAAAAGUGAAAAGGAAACGCAUCCCUGAAAGAGUAUUUUUGCCCUGAAAUGUUUGAAGUAAUUCUGACUUAUUCAUUGCCGUCACAGGUGAAAUCUGGGACCAUCUUCGAUAACUUCCUGAUCACAGAUGAUGCUACGCUGGCAAAAGAGGUCGGCAAUGAGACCUGGGGUCAGACUAAGGUCAGUGGCACUCACCUCUCAGGUUCAAACUUUCACGCUUACAUAUUCACACUGGUGUCUCUCUCGAGUCACAUUCCCCCCAACCCCAAUUUGUUCUCUGACAAUUUGUUCCAGGAUGCUUUGUCUGAAUAAAUUCACUAGUUUGCUUUCAGAUCCUUAUGAAGACAUAUUUGUAACGUUGCCGACCAGCCAGUGGUGUAAAGUACUUAAGUAAAAAUACUUUAAAGUGCUACUUAAGUAGUUUUUUGCCGUAUCUGUACUUUACUUAACUAUUUAUAUUUUUGGCAACUUUUACUUUUACUUCACUACAUUCCUAAAGAAAAUAAUGUACUUUUUACUCCAUACAUUUUCUCUGACACCCAAAAGUACUUGUUACAUUUUGACAGGAAAAUAGUCCAAUUCACACACUUAUCAAGAGAACGUCCCUGGUCAUCCCUACUGCCUCUGAUCUGGCGGACUCACUAAACACAUGCUUCGUUUGUAAAUUAUGUCUGAGUGUUGGAGUGUGCCCCUGGCCCCUGCCAUCUGGUUUACAUAAUAUAAGGAAGUUGAAAUGAUUUAUACUUUUACUUUUGAUACUUAAGUACAUUUGAGCAAAUCCAUUUACUUUUGAUACUUAAGUAUAUUUAAAACCAAAUACUUUUAGACUUUUGUAUGACAAUUGAGUACUUUUUCCACCACUGCUACCAGGACACUACAAACAGUAAAAAUUCUAAUUUCUGCAGUUUGUUAAAAAGGCUGUAUUUUUCAUGUUCUGUAGGAUCCAGAGAAAAAGAUGAAGGAGUCCCAGGAGGAGAAGGAGAGGAAGAAACUAGAGGCGGAAGAGAUGGCAAGGAAAGAGGAGAAAGAAGUGGAAGAGUUGGAGCAUGAAGAGGAGGAAGAAGUGGAAGAGUUAGAGCAUGAAAAGGAGGAAGAAGAGGAGACUGGAGCACAGGAAGAGGAGGAGGAAACAGACUCUAUAAAGGAUGAACUUUAGAGGACUUUGACUUUCUCAUAGGGGCAACUUCCUUCUUUGAGCCUGGGGAGAGAUUCUGCAUCAUUUCGCUUUACCAUCCAGUCAGCCAGGCCUCAAAGUAAUAAUGUUGAGAGAACGGGAGGUGAAGGAGUCAUUUACUGCAAAAUCGGUGCCAUUUUUUAAAUGUACAUUUUUUGUUAAUUUAUUGGAUUUUUACUUGCUAGUUUAUCCCCUAAUUAAUAAAAAAACUGACCCUUUUUUGUUAUUGUAUCAAAUAAUAAUUCACAUUUGGUAAUAUAUUGGCAAAUGUUUUUACUGUGUUUUUUCUUACAGCCUCGACUUAAUGCUAACCUAUUUCUUGUAAGUAGGCUUUUUGUAGUCCGUUGCUCCACCAAAUAUUACAGAUGAAGUCUAAUUUAAUGGAGCUUGUUUGUUUUGUAUUAUUAAUUCACAUUGAGUGAUUAUGUACACCAUGUGAAUCCUACUUGACAUUGAUAUGCAUAGUGAUAGUUUCCCAUUCAUUCCAUUUCCAUUUUCUUACUAAACUAAGUCACACACUGGAAUACAUAAUAUUAGGUAGAAUUUAGAAGUAACAUCUAUAACCUCACCUAUCCAAAUUCAGUCAACAACCUCUUAUUCCACCCGCAUUCAGCCAAGAACUAUUGUAGCCAAAUCAUCAAACUUUUGUCUCUCAACCACUAACUUCAUAAUUCCUAAUGUAGCAUAUUGCAUUUGUUCCCCCCUUAUUGUUUUUGUAGAUAUUUGUUACCUUAUUUGGAAAUUAUGAUUACAGAGAUUGUUGUGCAAAAAUACUGUACAGUAAUAAAAAAGAGGGCUGUUUGGAUUUGACAUGUGUAUGGUGUGCCUUUGUUAAAAAUCACCAUCACACUAUACUACUUGUAUUUACA